AUGUCUUUCUCCAACAUCUACUAUAAGCGGGCUGUAGGAACCGCUCGGGCGUGCUAUGUCUGCCACAAACCGACCACCACCGUGCUUGCAACAAUCCACACCGUCGAUUUCAUCUACACGUGCGAUAACCAUCUCACCGAUCAUGCGUUCGCAACCCGCGUAGGCGAUCCUACAGGUGCUGCCGCGAAGCUGGGAGUCGGCGCGGACGAAAUUGCGAAGGUAAAGAAGGAGUGGGAGGAGCACCAGAAAGUGAAGCUAGAGAAGGCGAAAGAGAAGGAGAAGGAGAAGGAGAAAUCGAAGGAUAAGGAGAAGGAGGCCGAUGCUGAGAAGGGGAAAAAGGACGUGAAGGAGAGCAAAGACGUCAACAAUAAACCAGCCAUCGUUCCCGGUUCACUUCCUCCCGAUGGAAUGGUCAGUCCUCCGCCCACGCCCUCACACGAACGAUAUACCUUGCACCGAGACGUAUUCGCAAUGCGACAGGCUGAACAGCGCAGACGCAGACAAGCUGCACAAGCGAAGGAGCUUGCUCCUCGUCUACCUGGCGCACCCAGGUCGAGUUUGCCACCAGCAACGUAA